AUGUUUACCGUAUUUAGUGUUAGCGUCGCUCUGGUCCGCUCACCGCCAUCUCCAGUUGCGAGCCUAUUGAGUCGGCUUGAUCCAGGGGCGAUUGGUCAGCAGAUCGCGGCACUAUCGCCCUUUUUUCUACAACCCAAUUCCACGCGAUCAGGCUCUCGGUCCUUCUCUAGCGACUCCCACUCUUCCACCUUUGCUUCAAAAUGUGCCAAUGGCACCACAGGCCUGGCCAGCAUUAAUGGCCAUGGAGGAGGCUCCGCUACAGCCGAGAGAGCUUCACAAAAUGGCUCAACUAUGGCCCCCGAUCAUAGUAUUCGAAAACCGAACGAUGUGGGUGGCAUGUCCGGACUGGUAGAUUUUGUCCAACGAAUUACUCAUUGUACGCCUUUGGCAGUUAAUGGAGCCGAUCAUUCAUUAGCCUCCAAAAAUGCCAAUUUAUCUUUAUCAGCUAUCGUUUCACCCUCAAGUGACCCAGAACCAAAUUCUGUCUCCACUGCUACUACGCCCGUUACGUCCACCAAUAACAAAAGCGAAAUAGACUUGGAUGUUUCGAAAGCGAAUAAGCGAAAAGCUGACUGCACCAUGCUGGCGGCAACAGUCCUACGUGCUCGGGCCUUGCUUCAAAGUGAAUCAGCAUGUCAAGCACUCGGGAGGACCUCCCUGCAGCUCCAUCUUAUUGACCAUGAAACCGGACAAACAUUGGGCGAAGAAGCUUAUCUAGAUGCCAAGACAGGUGAUUCCCAGGCCCUUCAUGGUCUUUAUUUUGCUCGUAGAAAGGAUUGUCUUAAGCUUCCUAUAGCACUGCCAAUUAUGUUUUCGUAG